CAUUGAUAUAUAAGCUUACUGAAAAUCAAAUAUAGGCCUAGCCUACAAUUGUGUUCCACAGACAAUAUGUCCUACAGAUAAUAACAACAGUAAGAACAUAGGCUAACCUAAGUCAUGACGACACGAGGGCUUAAGUCUCAUGUUGGCCUAUGACUACGUAGCCUAGGCUACCAAGCACGUCUGUGUCUGUGACAGUGAAAUAGCUCCAAUAUUAAUUGUGUCGCCAAUAAAUAUAUGCUAACAUGAAUCUCAUCAGUCACCUAUAGAUAAGGGUUAGGCUAUAACAUAUGUAGGCUAUAAUGUAAAAAUAGGGUCAUAUCAUAUAAUGUUGACUUAUUAAGAUGGGGGAGAGAGCUGGACAUAUUACACUGAACUAACUGUUCAUUGUUGAAAAUCAAUCAAAAGUUUGUAGUUGAUCCGGAUGUCAUUGGUCGCAAGGACUGUUAAUGGGUGUAUCCACAAUUGGGACCUUGUUACAAGUUGGUCUUUCAGGUGCUAAUGCAAUCAGUGGCCGUCAGAAAACAUGUUAGACAACUGAGGAAUGAGAUGCCACACAUAAAAUGUACAGUCAAACAGAACCCACAAACAUCAAUGGGAAUCAACCAAACACUGAAGGGAACCAUGUUAUUGUCAAUCAGCACUCUGCCACGCUAAAUCAGACCCUGCUUAUGUUUGUGCAGAGCAGAACAGAUAUUUGUAGAUAUGGUGCAGGACCUGUUAAGAGAGAUUGGCAGCUCAGUCUCCCUCAUAUUAGUCCCUACGGUGAACGAUGUAAUAGCAUAGUGCUGCUGCUUCUGAUGUGCAAGACAAGACAGGGUAUAUAUUCAUAAUGUGACAGGCAGCAUGUAUUUAUCAUUAUGUUACAACCUCUGCACAACUACUAUUGAUGUUAGAAGAACAAAACAAUACAUCUUCAAAUGUUCAUUGCUUAUUGCAUGUGUUAUAAAAACAAAAUCCUUGUCUGCUUUCUGUGUUUUUGCAUGCACCUGUCUACAGGGGUGUAAAGACAUAUUUGUUCACCAUGCACCAUGCACCGCUGUUCUGAGUCAUUGUUUCGUUUAGAUUAUGGUUGCCAGAUUUUUAGAAAAACAUCUCAACAUGAUUCUACUCUUUUUUCAGAAUCGUUAACCUGGCAAACACAACUAUGCUGAUAAAAAGAAUUACCUGGCAACUCCACUGCAAGGAAGAAAGCCAACGGAAGUUCAGUCGAUCGCAGAGACUUCGGUUGCAAAUUUACACCGUCAAUAUCAAGAUCAUUUGCGCGUUGAACAAGGAAUAGAGGAUGGCUGGCCGUAAAAAAAAAGCCAAACCAGCAAAUGUCAAAACUAGUACCAUGCCUGAAACCAUCACCAUUGAAUCCACAAGUGCUGGUGAAGUGUCCAGGUGUGAAGAUGUCACUCCACCAACACAAGAAAAACUGGAGGAGCAAGAUAAAGAUGUGGCAUGUAGUGAUUCAUCAGACGACUUCCAGUCAUCAGCCAGCAAUGUUAAACAACAGAACAAGAGGCUGUUGUCAGAAAUAAAAACUCUACAGGAGAAGGUUGCCAUGUUAGAAAAUGAACGAGAUUUUCUGCGGACAACCCUUACCACGGCCAUGGCAUCCACUGGAAAAAGCCAACCAAAGAAGAAGCAAGAUGAAAUAUCAUCUGGUUCUUCUGACUCUGAGAUUGGAUCAUCUUCGUCAUGUGCAAUUUUAUCAUCUGCAUCUUCCGAUGAUGAGCCGAAGAAGAAGAAAAAGAGGAAGACAAAGAAGAAGGAGGAUCAUCCCCUCGCCAAGACAAGAGCACAGACACCAGAUGAUGUCUUGCAAAGAUACAUAAACGUCUUGAAGGCCUAUAAAAGCUGCCGCAGCAUGACCAAAGCAUUUCAAAAAACACGAAUUGACCGGAACACGAUGGCGCUAUCUGCACCUCUUGCAGAAAUAAUGUUGAUUAAACCUAAAUUCCUCAUAAAUUUCUCAUAUUCAUAAAUGCAUUUUGUGCAUUCUGUCUUUUUGUUUUCCUCUGCCCAUUAGUGUUUACUUACUGUGUAUAAACAAAUGUUUGUGAAUUGUUCUUGAAUGAGGAACUUAAGUUUCUAGGGCAGUGUUCUUUAAAUAUAUACAACCUGACCUGGUUUAGGAGGACCUGGAGUUUUGCUUUUACUUACUUGCUUUUUAUUUGAUUUAAAUGAAACCAUUUUCAAUAACGUGGUAUACUUUAUGUUUAUAGAAAAGCUUGGAAUUUACAGCACUCUUCCAGUUUCCAGUACACAACUUACUGUUUCAUUUCCUGUCUCUAUCACAUGUACUGGUACUAGAUUGUGGUGUAAAAGCACUGAUGGUCCAAGACAUUAAAAACAUGACAUUCAAGUAAUACAUGAAAA